AUUUCUAGGGUUCUCACUUCUCACAGCAGACGCCAGACGCCAUGGACGAGGUUAGGGCAAGCUCUGCGUGGGUGGCUCGUCACUCCUCCCAUGUUACUGUUGAUUUCUCAGGGAUUGAGAAGGUUGUGGAGAACAUCAAAGAGUCGAUUCCUAAGGUAGAGUGGGAUUAUGAAGGGAUUCAUUAUUUUGAUAACGGUCCGCUUACGGUUCAGUACCUCCUCGUCUUGGAUGCUUUGAAUUUCUGCUUUUGGCCUGAUAAGGAUCUCACUUAUGACCAUCUUGCCUCGGGGUUAAAGGAAGCUUUGCUGAAUGACAAAUCGGCAUUUGAUGCUGAUCGCCUCCAACAGUACACUGGUACAUUUGCUUUCUUCUUUUAGAUCCCCAUAGAAGUGUUAAGUUUUGCUCAUUGUACCAAUAACAUGCAUGCUCCGAGGCAUGCAUAUAAAUAUCCCUU